AUGGUAGAGGAGAAAGAUAGCCAAUUUCACGGGAUGCAUCAGGCACCGGAUGAUAGUUCCGAUUCACCACCGGCGUAUUCACCUCCAGCUAGUUCGAUUGCUUCCUCUGAGGUUUCUUUCUGGACGGUGGAGCCGGAUUUCGCACCUGAUUUCACAAAUGCUUCCCAACAAGGGAGUCGUUGGGCUACAGUUCGUGAAAAUCGGGAGUUUAGCACUCAUCUAGGAUGCCGGUCGCGUACAUCAGCUUUCAUCCAAGCCUUCCUGCAACCAAAGGCGCAGCCACAGUUGGUAAAAGCGCGGCCCGACUCUCAAAUUCUGCCAGAAGAUGGCCCAUCCGACAGACAAGUACGACCGGAGCUUAGAGGAGUGCCCUUAGACAUUGUGAUAAUGGUCGUUGGAGAGAAUAUUGAGCCUUUUAUUGCGGUCGGCAAACGGCUGCUCCAGGACUCACAUCGGGUUCGGAUUGCUGCACAUGUCUCAUGGGAAUCCUUGACUGUCGGUAGCAUCAGGCGUUCACUAUAUCAAAGCUAUCACAACUCAUGGAGAGCGUGCAUUGCAUCGUACAAGGGUGAAUGCCGACCCUUCCUCGCAGAUGUGAUUAUUGCGAAUCCUUUAGCACAUGCGCAUAUUCACUGUGCUGAACGUCUUUCAAUUCCUCUGCAUAUUAUGUCAACUAUGAUUUGGAGUCCGACAAAGAAACUUCCCCAUCCGUUGGCCCAUAUAGAAGGAAGUGAAGACAUGGACCAGAACACGGCGAAUCUUCUGUCUUAUGCGCUGGUUGAGGAAACAACCUGGAACACCAUUAUUGAGCCUAUUAACCAAUUCCGGCAAGAUGUCCUAGGCCUUAAUAGCAUCUCGUCAGCUACCGGGGGAAGACUCAUGGUCGAUAACCAAAUUCCCCAUACCUAUUUCUGUCCGGAAAUGCUUGUUCCAAGACCAAGAGAUUGGGAUAAUAUGAUUGAUCUGAGCGAUUUCAUUGACUCUGGCUCACCGCCGAUCUACUUCAUGUUACAGGAGAACACUAUGGAAAGUCCGGGCAUGCUAGCGAGAGCCAUCCAGGAUACUGUGGUAAAACACGGGCUUCGUGCUAUUCUCUCUCAAGGCUGCCGCGAUAUUUGUAGAAUUUUAAACAACGAUAACGUGUUCCUGGCCGACACUAUCCCCCAUGGAUGGCUUCUGCCGCGGGUUGCUGUCGUUGUCCACUCAGGAAGUAUAGAUCAAAGCGAGCUGGCCUUACGAUAUGGAAAGCCAAGCGUGGUGAUCCCGCAUGCAGCAGAUCAAUUGUCAAGAGGCAUAUCACUUUCAAGGAUUGGUGCAGCAGCUGCACCACUCAUGAGCAAUAUGGUUUCUCCCAACGCACUAUACCAGGCACUAGAAUUCUGCCUCCGUCCGGAUAUUCAAGAAUCAACCCGUGCUGUUCAAAACCAGGUCCAUGAUGAAUCAGGUCUUGAGAGAGCUGUUCAGGCAUUCUAUCAUUGGUUACCACCGCAGGUCCAAGAAUGCGACAUCACGAACCAGAACCUGGCCAUGUAUCAAGUCUGGAACAGGCCAUCAUUGAGGAUAUCCCCUGAGGCAGCAGCGGUCUUGGUGGAAGAGCGGUUCAUAAAACAAAUUGAUAUUGUUCUGAUUACCCGCCAGGUUUACAAUAUCGAAUGUGAAAGCUCAAGACCUCUUGAAGGUACCGCAAGGGAUUAUUGGAACGGGGUCACGGUUGCCGCAAAGAACAUUGCUACGUCCUCGGAUCUGGUGAGCAUGCUGCCCGGGAUGCAACGAAAGGGUGAUGAAAGCAGCGAAAAGAAACCGAAGAGAAAGAAUCUGGCCAAGGACGUUGGUAUCGGUACCGCAAGGUUCUUUGGAAACAUCGCUCUGCUUCCCUUCACUAGACAAAGCACCGAGGAUAAAAGCAAAGCACUACCAUCAUCUGUUACUAUUAGCCAAAUUAAAGCUAGGGAUGAAGAACAUGCUGAGGCUAUCUGUCGCAGACACCUUGAUCGCGGGUUCAAGAGUCCGAUGCUCAAGUGUCCGGAUUUUAGACGGCUGGUGGCUGAUAGAUACCAGGAUUGGGGCUCAAUAUAG